GCGCCGGGCUGAGGAGAGAUGCGGCGCCGCUGCUGCUGCCUCCUGCUGCUCCUGGCGCUGCUGUGCGAGCCGGGCCGCGGCGGCGAGCCCGGACCGGGCGCUGUUACCUGCGGGUCGGUGCUGAAGCUGCUCAACACCCGCCACAACGUGCGGCUGCACUCGCAUGAGGUCAAGUACGGAUCGGGAAGUGGGCAGCAGUCAGUGACUGGAGUUGAAGCUUCAGAUGAUGCUAACAGUUACUGGCGGAUUCGAGGGAAAAAUGACGACACUUGCCAACGAGGAACACCAGUGAAGUGUGGGCAAGCAAUACGGCUUACCCAUGUUAACACAGGAAAAAACUUACACACACAUCACUUUCCAUCACCGCUGUCGAAUAAUCAGGAAGUAAGUGCCUUUGGUGAUGAUGGUGAAGGAGAUGACUUGGAUAUAUGGACAGUACAGUGCAGUGGGACACACUGGGAGCGGGAGGAUGCAGUGCGUUUCAAGCACAUAGGAACUGACGUCUUCCUUUCAAUAACGGGAGAACAAUAUGGCCACCCAAUCAGAGGCCAACGGGAAGUUCAUGGCAUGAAUUCUCCUAAUCAUCACAACUACUGGAUGGCAAUGGAAGGCGUUUUCAUUAAACCCAGCAUGGACCCUGCAAAACACGAUGAGCUAUGAAUGGCUAAAGGACUUUAAUGUAUCUGUUAAUCCAGGAGUAGGAGUUGCCAAUCCUGGGUCUCUUGUAAAUACAGUCUUGUCUGUUUAACUGACUCUCUGUACAACAGAAGGGCAUUAGGAUAUUCUAGGAAUGCAACACUUCUGUGGGCAACUGCAAUUUCCUGGAUCACAUAUUGAAAUUUGUUUGGCAAAGUACUGCUUGAAUUUUCUAAUUUAAUUGGUGGAAAAAGCUUGUGUUUCUACUAGUUUUCACUGUAAUUCCCUUUGCUUAUUACUUUCUUCCCCUCUACCCAAUCCAAAAGGAAGUGACGGAUUUGAAGUAAAGCAUCUCUCUGAUCAAUCUCAAAUAUAAUGCAAAUUUAUAUUUUUGUGUUCCUUCUGCAGUUAUAAUUAAAAUUUUGGAAACUAGUCUCUGCUGUUUAGUGAAUGAACGUUACUAAAUGACAAGAUGGAAUAGAUCUAGAAUGGGGAAAAUAUAUCUCAAACAUGGCAUCAUGUAGAGGUGAUGGAAUCAACAAUCCAAUCUUCCAAAAAAAAAAUUGCAGUUCACUUGAAAAUUGCUUCUAAUGUUUGUAAUGGGUUUCAAUGUGUGCUGUAUCUACAGUUAAAGACAAACCACUGGAAAAUGUAAAUAUUGUGUAUGUUGGGGUAAGGAGACAGUUAUUUUUCACUCUAGAUAGUGUGGUGGUUUUGUUUUUCUUUUAAGAAUUUGCAUUUUGGUAAUGAUACUGCUACUACUACUUAAGUGGUAAGAUUGUUCUGAGGACUGUUACAGAAAGUUACUAUUUAUGGAUUUUUGUUCAUUAAACAAAUUUCUUUAAAUAGUCUGAAGGAACAAUUGCAUUUGAGCUUUAAUUUUUUCAUUUCAUUUAUUUAGUUUUUAUACUCACACAUCACUUUGAAAGAUCACUAGAAGAAACCAGAUGAAUUGAUAAUAGGGCUAUUGUUCAGAUUUAGAAAUAAGAGCAAACCUCAGCUAAUGUAUUUUUGAGAAAGAGACACACUAGGGAAAUGUGGUCUAGAUGAAAAACUACUAUAAGGUGAGUGCACAACUGGUUGAAUGACUGUACUCAAACAGUAGUUAUCAAUGAUUUGCUAUUAGAAUGGGGGAUGUAUCUUUUGGGAUCCUGCAGGAGUCAGUCCUGGGUCUGGUACUAUUCAACAUUUUCACUGAUGACUUGGAUAAUGGAGUGGAAAGUAUACUUA